AUGGCCGACACACAGAAGCCCACCGAAGUCCCGCAGGAGACUCCUGCUGUCACGGAGCCCGUCGCCGAGGCGAAGCCCGCCGAGACCAAGCCCGAGGAGACCGUUGCUGCUGCCCCAGUCGCCGAGACCCCUGCUGCUGAGACCAGCGCUGCCGCUGAGACCCCCGCUGCUCCCGCCGAAGAGGCCAAGAAGGAGGAGGAGGUCAAGCCCGUUGAGGAGGGUCACCUUGAACACAAGGGCCAGGGCGCCAACUUCCCCAAGAACUUUAUCUACUCCAAGCAGCUCUUUUGGUUCGGCUCUGAGCCAGUUGACCUGAAGGCGAUCUCCUCUUUCAAGGCCGACAAGGUUGCGGAGGUCGCCCACCAUGUGACCUCCUGGGCUGCCGAGACUGGCAAGGGUCUCCUGUUCUACAGCGAGAAGGGUGACAAGGCUGCUCCCCAUGGCGUCAUCCAGCUCGCCGAGGCUUCGGAGCCCGUGACCGAGGGUGCCAACAAGUUCCACUUCACCGCCAAGGGCCACAAGCACACCUUCAAGGCUUCCAACGCUGCUGAGCGCGACAACUGGGUUGCCCAACUGAAGGUGAAGAUUGCUGAGGCUAAGGAGCUCGCUGCCACUGUUACCGAGUCCGAGACGUACAAGAAGACUCUCGAGAGCUUGAAGCCCACUCCUGUCAAGAAGGAGGAGAAGCCUGCUGAGCCUACUCCUGAGGUCGCUGCUGUUGCCACCACGGAGCCCGCCAAGGAAGAGCCCGCUGCCACCGAGGCGGCCGCCGCUGAGCCUGCCAAGGAGGAAGCUAAAGAGGAGGACAAGGCUGAAGAGAAGAAGGAGGAGAAGAAGGAGGAGCCUAAGCGCCGCUCAGCCAGCCGCAAGCGGACCUCGAUCUUUGGCAGCCUGCUUGGCAAGAAGGAGGAGAAGAAGGUUGAGGCUGAGAGCAAGCCUGCUGAGGUUGAGGCGCCCGCUGCCGAGACCAACGCUGCCACUGAGGCUCCUGCUACCGAGGCCACCGCUGCCGCAGCUGCCACCGAGCCUGCCGCUACCGAGGUGACAUCGGAGACGAAGCCCGAGGAGAAGGCGGAAGAGAAGGCUGAGGAGAAGAAGGAGGGCGAGACCGCCGAGGCCGUUAGGCCUACCCCCAACAAGCGCACUAGCAUCUUCGGUAACCUCUCAUUCGGCAAGAAGAAGCCUGCGGCUGCUCCUGCCGAAGCCUCUGCUACCAAGGAAGCUCCCGCCACCGAAGCCGUUGCCGAGACCGCGCCUGUUAUCCCGGCUGUUGAGACCACUGAGCCCCUGUCAGCUGAGGUUGCUGCUCCCGCCGCCGCUGCCACGGAGGCUACCGAGACUCCUGCGGCUGUGAAUGGCGAGACCAAGAAGGAAACCAAGGCCGAGAAACGCAAGAGCUCUCUGCCUUUUGCCUUUGGCGCCAAGAAGAAGGAGACUACUUCUGACGAGGAGAGCGAGAAGCCCAAGUCUCCCUUCUCUAAGCUCCGUGCUACCAUCAAGGGCAAGGGAAAAGCCGAGAAGCCUGAGAAGGUUGAGGAGACCCCAGCCGUCCCAGCCGCGCCCGCCGCCGAGGCGGCUACCGAUGCCGGCGCCGAGGAGACUGCUAAGCCGGCCGAGACCGAAACGGUUGCGGCUGCAGCUGCCGUCCCGGCUGCAGAGGAGCAGCCUGCCAAGCCUUUGGAGGCCACCCCGGCCGUGACUGCUGCCGCUUAG